CUAAAUUCAUAAUCGGCAUGGGAAGAGCUCUUUGGCUCACUUUUCGUUCAUAACGAAAUCUGCAGACUUUGUGUACCCUCGUGCUCUCCACAAUUUUCUAAAAACUUAUCUGGUUCCGGUUCAGCGCUGGUCCAAGGAUUAUCUCGACCAAACCAGAAAUGGCUACCAAUUACACGAAAGAUCCAUCUAAACCACAAGCAGAGGAGGCUGUGAUUCACCGAAUCCGGAUUACCCUCACCUCCAGAAAUGUCAAGUCACUUGAGAAAGUGUGCUACGACUUGGUGAAGGGGGCGAAAGAGAAAACUUUGAAGGUGAAAGGGCCCAUCCGAAUGCCCACAAAGGUUUUGAGGAUUACGACCCGUAAAACUCCUUGUGGUGAAGGUUCCAAAACUUGGGACAGGUUCCAAAUGAGGAUCCACAAGCGUGUGAUCGAUCUCCACAGCCCCUCCGAAGUAGUUAAAGAAAUUACAUCUGUCAGCUUGGAGCCUGGUGUAGAAGCCGAAGUUACUGUUGCAGAUUCAUAAAUAUAAAAUGAUUAUUUUGUUUUAUACUAAUGAAACUGUAAAAAGAUGAUUUCAGAAUAAACGCUGAAAAAGAAUUUAAAAACU